AAAAAAAAAUUGUAAAUAAAACAUGAAAAAAAAAAUUUGUAUUUAUGGAAAAACUCCCCGAAAAUAAGCGCCGUUUACUCAAGGAGGGGUGAACUCUGAACCAGGCGAGCUCGCAGCAAACCAAAAAUGGAGAAGAAGCGCUGCAGUUUCUGGCUUCCCAAAAAGAAUCGAUUUUGUGCUAACACCCUUCUCAACGAGUCCUUGUUCUGCGGUAACCACACUCCCAGGUCCGAAGACCAGUGGAUCCCAUGCCCUAUAGACCCUUCCCACUCCGUACUCAAAGAAAAUCUUGAAAGCCAUGUAAAAAGAUGCCCACACAUGAAACAAGUUCAGUCCUUGACUGUCCAACCGUUCUACCAAAAAGGUAUAAAUUCUGGCACAGAAGGAUCCACAGGAGAGGACCGAGCAAUCACAGCUUCAAAUGGAAACUUAGCAUUGCCUGAUGAUGAUAAGCUAGAUUCUGGUGUUGCCGAACAUGUUACUUCAGAGCUUAAGAGGAAUGCUGUUCAUAGCUUGAGCGUAUCUCAAUUUUGCAAACUAAUUGAGAAGAUUGAGUGUAUUCAUGAGUCGGUUUGUAAGGACAUCCGGGACUCGUACAAAAUCCCUGAAGCUUGUGAAAAGUGGAUUAAAAGAGAAUUUGAUGGGAAAUUGCCAUUUCAAGAAAAGCAUGUUGCACAACAGGCUUCGAUUCUUGGUAACUUGGAAGAAGUUGGAAUAUUGAAGUGUUCUAAUGGGAGUGAGAGGUGUGAGCUUGAAGGGUCUUUAGGUGAUAGCAGCAUUGUCCCUGCAGUGGUUGAGUUUGGAGCUGGUAGAGGGUACUUGACACAAAUGCUGGCUGAUUGUUACGGUAUUGAAAAGGUGUUUUUGGUGGAGAGAAAGUCAUACAAGCUUAAGGCUGAUCGAUCCUUGCGACAGAAAGAGAAAUUAAUAUUAGAGCGUUUGAGAAUCGACAUUGAAGAUUUAAACUUGAGUGCUGUUGAGUCUCUAAGGGGGUUUCCAUACCUGGCCAUUGGUAAACAUCUUUGUGGACCUGCAACAGAUUUGACCCUUAGAUGUUGCCUUGCGGAGCACUUUAACCAAGAAACCGUAGCAGGGUCUACUGUGGACCCAAAACUGAGAGGCUUAGCUAUAGCUACAUGUUGCCAUCAUCUUUGCCAGUGGAAAAACUACAUAAGUAACCAACUGAUAAGAUGUACUUUUCAAAUUUGGGGAUCACAAAGGAAGAAUUCCAUGCAAUUACAUGGUUUACCAGUUGGGCAGUCGAUGCUGAUCAUGGUUCAGAUCUUGCUGAUGUAACUAACUACAAUUUCCAGCCACAAUCCAUGUAUGCUUUUUCUAAUAUGUUUUGAACCUUAAUGAUGUUUCUGGAUGGCACUGCCCAUUUCCCUUUCAUAUUGUCUGAACAAUGAUUUGUUUUACACAUCUUAUUGUUCCAGGGGAGCUAAUUUUAGUGGGAAUAAGGGAGUCGAAGAAAUGACUAGGAAUAUGAAAGCAGUUGAAAGAGCGGUACUCGGGUUUAAGUGCAAGCAAAUUAUUGACAUGGGUAGGAUGAUGUGGUUGAAGGAUUGCGGAUUAGAAACUCAGUUUGUCAAAUACGUUCCAUCUACCAUCUCUCCAGAAAAUCAUCUACUUGUUGCAGGAUGCAUCGAUGGUAUGUUGUGAGAUUUUUUCAUUGUACCCUUAUCAGGGGAAGAUUUUGAAUUUGAUUGGAGUUCAAAAAAUUUACGGAAUAGUAUUCUACAACUGUGGAGCUUGAGAUAGAAGAAUAGAGUAUGGCAUUUUGAGGUUGUAAAAUGUUCAAAUUACAUCUUAAAAUGUUCAUUUUGAUUUUGAUUGGAGUUCAUUUUGAUUUGAGAGCUUA